UUUGUCCACGCACACACGAAUUGAACACGGCCACGCCACACACAUCCAUCCAUCCACUGACGCGCGCACACACAGACAUAUAUGUCACAAAAUCAGACCGCCUUCAAAACACCCACACCACCACAUGACAUCCCUCACAUCUAGCUGCCCUUGACCUCCCCCGCCCGCUCGCCCACCCCGUUCGUCACAUCCGCCGUGCCGCGGAGCUUGGCCUCGCCGUCUUGGUGCCGCCAGCCGCCUGCUGCUGCUGCAGCAGCUGCAGCCGAUCCCGCGAGUGCUGCUGAUGCUGCUAGUGGUGCAGGUGAUGCUGCUGCUGCUGCUGCCGGCUGUGCCUGCAUCUGUGAAAAACACACACACACACAGUGCUUCUGGGGUGCAGAGGGAGGCAUGGCAGAGCGGCCUACUUACUUCUGGCUUCAUGGCAGGGAAGAGUAUGACCUCCUUGAUGUUGUUUUUGUCGGCGAGGAGCAUCGUCAGCCGGUCGAUGCCCAGCCCCCAACCACCUGUCGGCGGCAGCCCGUACUCGAGAGCCGUGCAGUAAUCCUACACGAACGACCAAACACCCAAACAGACACACGUCUGUCGGUUAGGAGAGAGAGGGGAGGGGAGGGGAGGGGAGGGGGCCGCAUACCUCGUCGAUUGGCUGCGCUUCGUCGUCUCCCUGCGCCUUUGCUUUGGACUGGCUGAGGAAGCACUCUCUCUGACGCUUGGGGUCGUUCAGCUCCGUGUACGCGUUGCAGAUCUGUGCGGACAGGGAUGGGUGGAUGUCUCUCUCUCUCUCUCUCCGCGUGUGUGUGUGUGUGUGAGUGUGUGUAUGUGUGUCCAUCCACUGCAUAAACAUACCUCUCUGCCGACGACGAAGAGCUCGAACCGCUCGGUGAGGUGGGGCUUGGAACGGUGCCUGCCCAAGGGCAUGGCAUGUCCAUCCCACACGACCAGGAGGGUGUGCGCGUAUGUGCCUACCACUUGGCGAGUGGGCUCAUCAUCUGAGGGUGUUCGGUGAUGAAGGUCGGGUGCACAAUCUUGUCCUCAAUGAAGUGACCGCACAGCUGAUGGAUGACACACACAGAGCGAAUCCCUCUCUCUCUCUCUCUCUGACCUGACCUUGUCCAUGAGCUUUGCUGCGGUGCGCGGCUUGGGGGGCUCGAUGCCGUGCUUGACCAUGAUCUGACGACAGACCGACACACACAUGACCUUAUGUGUGUGCGCCAUUCCGCGUGUGCAUACCUUCUCCAUGGCGGCGACACACUCGGGGCUGUCGUAUGGCGUCGGCAGCUUCUCGCCCGACUGCUUCUCGAUCUCUGCAACCAACAAACAUACACACGUGUCUGUGCUGUGUGUGUUGGCUGUGCCGGCUGACUGACCUUCGACCAUGGACACGCACUUGAAGGGCGUCUUGAAGUCGAUUUCCACCUCUGUGAUGAUGUGAAAGUGCAGACGACACGGGUGGGAUGGGUGCAGGGCAUUGUGGGUAGGGUGUAGGUGGGGUAUUUUGUGGUGUGUGUGUACCUGGUCCAUCCGGCCCGUCCGGGUGGUACUUGACCUUGUUGGAACCUGCACACACACACACACACUCGUUGAAGCUUCCAUAAAUUUCUCUGUGUGUGUCUGUCUGUCUGUGUGUCUCUCCGUGUGUCUGUGUUGCGUACCCUUGAUGCCCUGUAUCAUGGUGCAGAGCAUCUGCUCGGUCAUCUUCAUCAGGUCCUGGUAGUCGGCAUACGCCUACCCACGCACCCACCCACCCACACACACACAUCCACUCAUCUGUCUGUGCUUUGGACCACCCCACCCACCGAUGCACCCACCACCCACCAUGUAGAAUUCGCAUGAGGUGAAUUCGGGGUUGUGUGUCAUGUCGAUCCCUGCACACACCACACCACACCACACAACAUCAGAUCACAUUACUGACACACGCAGCACAGCACAGCACAGCACCAACAGCAGCGCACGCACCUUCGUUGCGAAACAGCCGCCCGAUCUCGUACACUCGGUCCAUCCCUCCGAUGAUCAACAUCUGCCAUGCCAGCCGCCACACACACCUGUCUGGCUGGCUGGCUGGCUGGCUGGCUGUGUGCCUGUCUGUGUGGGUGUGAGAGACCGAGCGAGCCUCUGUCUCUCUUACCUUGAGGUAGAGUUCGGGUGCGACCCGCAUGUAGAGGUCGAGGUCGAGGUCGUUGUGGUGUGUGACGAAGGGCCGCGCAGAGGCGCCCCCGGGGAUCAUGUUCAUCAUGGGCGUCUCCACCUACCACACACACCACACACAGAUGGAUUGAUGUGAUGACAGACACACACUCGACUGGCUCGUCUGGGGUGGUGGGUUGGCGGGAUACCUCCAGGAAGCCUCUCUCCUCCAGAAACUGGCGGAUGUGGGCGAUGAUCUUGGCUCUGCACACACACACACACACGCAUUGCCCUGGUGUGGAUCCGCACCUAACCUACCUGGUUCUGAAGGUGGCCCUGACGUCGUCGUUGAUGAUCAGAUCCAGGUACCGCUUGCGGAACCGAACCUGGUGUGACCCACGGGAGGGAGGGACAGAAAGAGAGAGAGAGAGAGUGCAGCAGAGCAGCAGAUAUGCACACGGGCGCCCCGCCCCGCACCUCCAUAUCCUUCAGGCCCAUCGUGGCGGUCGGCAUCCUGUCAGUCAACCCACGGAACGCAACGCACGGCGAAACGUACACGCGACGGCGUCUGUGUGUGUGUGUGUGUGUGUGUGUCCGUGUUGGCGUACAUGUGAAGGCACGGCGAGAGCAAAGUGAUCUCUCUGGGAAAGAUCGACAGCUCGCCAGACUGAGACUUGCCUGAACCAUCCAUCCAUCUCUGUGGGCAUGUCGCGUGUGUCGCGCGUGUUGUGUGUGUACCGACCAGGGAAGCCUCUAAUGCCGAUGUAGUCGCCCCGCCGGAUCUUGUCGUGCAUUUCGAAAAAGUCGCCCACAGACUCAUCGUGAAAGGAGUAAUUGGCCAGCACCUUCAUACACACACACACACACACAGAGAGAGAGAAAGAGAGAGAGAGAGUGCGUGUGUGUGUGCGAUCGGAGGGAAGCACCACCUCACACGCAUUGCAUCGACACACAUACCUACCUGGACUUUGGCGUCUUCGCCGCGCAGGUCGUAGAAUCGCAGUUUCUGCCCCGACUGGCGAAUCGACGCCACGCGGCCUGCAUUUCGCAAUUUCACCAGAUCAAUGUGUUUACGAGGGUGCGUGUGUGCGUGUGUGUGUGUGAUCUUUGACAGGUGGCGACCUGCAAGCAUGACUUGGGUGUCCUGGAGCUGCUCGUUGGUGGCGAGGUGGCUGUACUUCUCGAUGUACUCGGGGAUCCGGUCCAGCACUCGGUCCUCUCCCUGAAAGUGCACACACACACACACACACACACACAGAACAAAUGGACCGAUGAGUGAGUGAGUGAGUGAGUGAGUGGGUCACUGGUGCAUUCAUCAUUCCUCGACUGAUUAAUCACCUCGUCUGUGCGUGCCGGGAACUUGUGUGGGUAUGGCGCCCUGCCGCGGGUCUUCAUGUCCUCCACGAAGCGGCACCGCAUCUCGUAGUACGCCGAAGGGUCCAGCUGGUCGUCGGCGGCCGCCUGAGAUAGAUCAUCGGUCGACCGACCGACGCACAGAUUUCAACCAUCCGUGUCGGUCGUUUGUAUACACGUGUGUGUGUGUGUGUGUGGUGUCACUGCGGCUGUGCCUGUACCCCUGUGAGCGGCUUGGCCUUGGGUGCUCCUGCAGCCUGUGCCGCCUGCAAGGGAGUCAGUGAGUGAGUCGGUCGACAACACACCACCCACACUGUGGUCUGUGCUCUGCGUGCACCACCGCUGACACGUGUGUACCUUCUUGGCCUCUUUGUCGGCCUUCUGCUGCUGCAGCUUCUCGGCCUUCUUCUGACGACGCCGCUCCCUGACACACACACACACACACACACACAUAUAUAUAUAUAUAUGCAUCUGUCUGUCGGCCUGAGAGUGUAAGGUUCAGCGUGUGCGCUGCGCUUACGAUGCGCUCAUCUUUUCUCCUCCAAGCUGCCCGCCCUCAUCCGGGCAAUCACCCUCGUCCACCACUUGCUGCUGCUCGGGAUCUUCUCCUGCUGCCGCAGCUGCAGCUGCAGCUGCAGCAGCAGCAGGAGCCUGACCGUGGCAUACACAGACAGACACGCAGCCAGGGAGAGAGGGAGAUGUGCUGUGGCUUGGCGCGUGGAGUGUGCUCACAUCGUUGUUUGGGUGAGGAUCUGCCGCUGAUGCGCUCGACAUCGCUCCCACGCCUCCUUUCAGACGACAACUGACGCCGCCACGUGGUUGCACUUGUUGUCCGACGGGUAGAGCGGCCGCUCCUCUCGCCACUGUCUGGUGUGCCCUGGUCCUCGCCACACAACACAGAAAGGAAGCACAGAACCG